GCUGGGUGCGUGACGUCAGAAGAGCGCUGUGGUCCUUUAUGAAGGUAGUGUCGUGCCAGGCAGUCCCAGCAGCAGUCUGUGUGAUAGAACUGAGAGGGUGACAGAUACACUGACAACAUGUGCGGUAAGUACUGAGUGCCAGGCUACCUCCAGGGCCACCUACCCUCACUGAGUGCCAGGCUACCUCCAGGGCCACCUACCCUCACUGAGUGCCAGGCUACCUCCAGGGCCACCUACCCUCACUGAGUGCCAGGCUACCUCCAGGGCCACCUAUCCUACCACUGGUACCCACUGGAGGCUACCUCCAGGGCCACCUACCACCUGCUCAGUGCACUGGAGUGCCAGGCUGGCCCCAGGGCCACCUGCCCCUCCACCACCUACCUCACUGAGUGCCAGGCUACCUCCAGUGCCACCUAUCCUCACUGAGUGCCAGGCUACCUCCAGUGCCACCUACCCUCACUGAGUGCCAGGCUACCUCCAGUGCCACCUAUCCUCACUGAGUGCCAGGCUACCUCCAGUGCCACCUACCUCACUGAGUGCCAGGCUACCUCCAGGCCACCUACCCUCACUGAGUGCCAGGCUACCUCCAGUGCCACCUAUCCUCACUGAGUGCCAGGCUACCUCCAGUGCCACCUACCCUCACUGAGUGCCAGGCUACCUCCAGUGCCACCUAUCCUCACUGAGUGCCAGGCUACCUCCAGUGCCACCUACCCUCACUGAGUGCCAGGCUACCUCCAGUGCCACCUAUCCUCACUGAGUGCCAGGCUACCUCCAGUGCCACCUACCCUCACUGAGUGCCAGGCUACCUCCAGUGCCACCUAUCCUCACUGAGUGCCAGGCUACCUCCAGUGCCACCUACCCUCACUGAGUGCCAGGCUACCUCCAGUGCCACCCACCUCACUGAGUGCCAGGCUACCUCCAGUGAGUGCCACCUGCUACCUCACUGAGUGCCAGGCUACCUCCAGGGCCACCUACCCUCACUGAGUGCCAGGCUACCUCCAGGGCCACCUACCCUCACUGAGUGCCAGGGUACCUCCAGGGCCACCUACCCUCACUGAGUGCCAGGCUACCUCCAGGGCCACCUACCCUCACUGAGUGCCAGGCUACCUCCAGGGCCACCUACCCUCACUGAGUGCCAGGGUACCUCCAGGGCCACCUACCCUCACUGAGUGCCAGGCUAUCUCCAGUGCCACCUACCCUCACUGAAUGCCAGGGUACCUCCAGGGCCACCUACCUUCACUGAGUACCAGGGUACAUCCAGGGCCACCUACCCUCACUAAGUACCAGGCUACCUCCAGGGCUACCUACCCUCACUGAGUGCCUGCUCUGUGAUCCCUGAUUGGCACAGUGAGUGGCAGGUCCUACACAUAGUAUAUUGUGUGUAUAUAUACUCAUUGAUUACUGUAUCUCUGUUACUACUGUAUACUAUAAUACCAUCCUAUAGUCCGUCUGCAAUGUCUAAUGACAUCUCAUUUAAGUGAGUGUCAGCUCUUGUGCCCAUUCCCGUCCACCCUUUAAGUAUUCUAGUAUUAUCUCUGUUACUAUUGUAUACUAUAAUACCAUCCUAUAUUCUGUCUGCAGUGUCUAGUGAGUGUCAGCUCUUGUGCCAAUCCCCCCUCCAUCCCAUUUAAGUAUUCUCUCUGAGUAGGUGUAACAGUGACAGUUCUUGGACAUUCGUUCUCAUCGUUCACAUACUAUUCUCACUUGUUAAAUAUUGGUAAUUUUAACUUCGUUCAAUUCAGUGGUGUCCCACAGUUACUUUUCAGUCUGUUCUCAGUAUAAAGUGAACUAUUCAGUUUAAAUGAGGAGUGCUCAUAGAGUAGAUAGAUUGAUUCUCAGUUGCUGUAGAACUAAAACUCACACGAUGCUUUGUUAACCUUGACUACAGCAACAUAUAAUGUAUCCAAUAGCUGUUCCUGUUUUCUGUUUUUUUUUUUUUGUUUUUUUUUCUGUUGCAAGGUCUUACAAAUUGUGUUAGCCAGGUCUUGGUAUGCCCUUUGCUCUGCAUAUCAUUGUAAUGAAGUCGAUUACUCAUGUUAACAACAGUAUGUGCCCUUUCUAUGCUACUCAGUUAAGUUUGCUUUCCCACCCAUAAAAAAUGUAAGAGGUAUUACUUGAUAUAAUAAUAAGAACUAAUAAACUUAAUGACAUACAUUACAUCCCUGGUCUAUGUAAGAACCUCUAAAUGCCUUAGAUGAAAGUACUGAAGUGAUUGGUAAAAUUGUAGUUUGUUACUGACCACAUGCAAAUGUGUGCAUGAACAAAUCACAGUACAGCAAUGGCUAGUGUCUGUGCAGAUCAUGUUUGCUGGCUUCAUUCCCCAUGGUGCUCAGUCAGUCUGGUUUGGCUGAAAGUUUGUGGGAACAGUAGUCUAUAUCUGUCUGUAGUGUCAAUGUUAUUAUCCAUUUCCAUUGCACACAAGGGGAGAGCUGGUUUUGUAUAUUUUUUUUUUUUUUUAUUUUUUUUUUAAUUUAUUUCUUUUAUUGCUGUCAGAUUUCUGAUUUAAAUUCCUUCAUUUACUGUGAUCCAGCUCUUUAACUUGAUGUCAUUGCUUUCCACUCCCACAAUUAAAUGACAAUUCCUUUGCUUCUUCCUCAUUCCAUAACACUAUCGUUGUUUUUGCUAGGUAUUACCUCUCCUUAUUCUCAGUCUUUUUUUUUUUUUUUUCUGUACUGCAGUUUCCUCUAAUGUUUCUGUCUCCCUUCACUUUCUGUUGUGUCCAGCAAUGUUAAAUAUCCAUCCUUUCAUGUGUGUAAGUGAGUUUUUUGGUAGUAUACUGUGAUAGUACCAGGUUUUUUGUCCCUCCAAGCCUACAGCACUGUAUUGUUACACUCUCUGGCAGUUGUUCUUAUCAUUCUUAUAACACCAACACAUCCCACAAUGUUUUUUACAGUGGGGUAUAAAUUAGCAGGUAUUUGACCAACAAAAAUAGAACAAAGACUUGGUCGAAUAGUGACCUGCUUUUAGUUUAGUUUUUUGUUUUUGUUUUUUUCUUAUAGUAGUUUUCAAAGAACUUGUUAACCCAGUUUAUUGGUAUUCAUUUUAGGUUUAGUUGCCUUUGUAGGUGAUUGAACCUGCAAUCUUGAGGUGUAAGCAUGUACCUCAGCUAACUAAGAUAGUUUAGUAUCUUUGUUCUGUGAUCACAUGAAUAUGAACUCUUGGACUUCGAAAGAUAAGGAUUCCCUAUCUUAAUAUCUUCUAGUGCUACUGGAGGGUUAGAAUAAGGAAAGUAAUAAUGACAGACUAAAUAUGCAAUGAAGUGGUGAUGAUGAUGUGACAAAUUAUAUAAUAAGAUUUUACAGCUGAACCAAACAUGACAAAGUGAGUGGAACCUGGAUGAUAUUACUUAUUGCUACACUUUGUUUCCAAUAUCAUCUUCAUAAGAUCUUCCAAACUUUCCCACCGUAGGAGAGUGCAUUGGGGUAUCCAACUGCACAAGGAUUACGUUUAUACCUGGUAUGGGUACGUACCGGUCCUAAUUUAACUAGAGGAUCAUUGAAUACUAAUGACAUGACCAGUUGGCAUGUUAAAACUGUAUCACAUGGUGCCACCAAAAUCUGGAUCCAACAGCUCCUCCUCCUGUUGAUUUGGGGAUGGUUUGUUAGAUCAGGCACUGCAGUUUAUUAACUGUCACUGCAAAAGUAUUGACUUUUGCCACAUCAGCUGAGACUCCUGGCCAAGCACAGUCUAUUAUUUAAUUGCCUCACCUUGUAUUCUUUCUUAUCACAUGUUCCCCUCGGGCAGUAAUGGAGGCCUAAGCAAUUAAGCCACAAUCUCACAUUUACUUCAAGCAGUGUGAUUUCCUUAAUGGAACGUGCUUGAUGCAUUACUGUUAACACCUUAUUGCCUUUCCAAAACACGAAAAUUUGCAUCCUAGGAGUUUCCAUUAAUUUAUACAAAUCAUCAAUUCAAACCUUAUAGAUUUUUCUGUAAUUUUUUUAUUUUUAUUUUUUUUUUACUAUUUCCUGGAAAUUUUGCCAAUAUUGACUCUUCUAAGACUUAUGACUUUUCUUUAUGUUCUUGAUUUUCUAGCAACUAUCUAUUUCUUGGGAUAUACUGUCUAUAUUUGUUAUUUUCAAGUGACUAGCCUCCUAUGUUAGGCAGAAGAUGUUUAUUAUUAUUAUUAUUAUUAUUAUUAUUAUUAUUAUUAUUAUUAUUAUUAUUAUAGGAGAGAUUCUACCAUAUCAUCUUUUUUUUUCCUUGACCUUUGCAAGUUAGUUUUCUAUUCUGCCCUUCAUCACUAUCUUUCCAGGAGGUCUGAGAAAAUAUGGCAAGACAGUAUUCCCAUGUGCCCUGGGUGUUUUCUCUAAACAUAUUUUGAGAUGAGUAACAUACAUUUUGCAGAUGAGUAAGCCUUUAUGCCAUUUUGCAUUUUUGGCAAUGGCUAGACCUAUUUUUACAUUUCAUUUAUUUUGUGUAAAGAUUUUAGACUUGCUCACUAAAGUUUUGAUAAAUAAUUGGUUGGCCCUGCAUGAUGACAGGACCAUAUUAAAUGGAAAAUAUUUGGAGAAGGUAAGUUUUUAUUUUGGUAGACAUAAAAAUUUCUCGAAUGUAGAGAACAUGUGAAUAAGGUUUUGAAGGCUCUAGAGCUGGUCAUUGAGCAUAAAUAACUGGAUGCAAGGGUGAAUAAAAUAUUAUGUGGAAUAGCAGCCUAUAUUAUUUACUAUAAAUCAUUAGUGUAGCUUAUAUCAACACUGCAUAUUCCUGUGACUAUCAUUUUCUAAAAUUGAUAAUGCCUAUAUUGAUCAAUAAAUUGAACUUAUAUUUAUUAGAAAAGAAAGAAAGAAAAAAAAAAAAGAAUUAAUGAAGGAAAUGCUUCGAAAUGUUGCUGGGUCCACUUUUGGUAUAAUAAAUCUUCUUUAUAUCGUUACUGGUGUUGAGAUUUCAUUAUUUGUGUUUGCAGUUUGACUGACAUUUAAAACUUGUAGAGCCGCCCCUCCCUAAACCCUUUGUUUUGAGGACAGUAGACAUUUUGGUUUCAGUGUUGUUUGACUUAAUAAUCAGGAUCAACAAAGGGCAGCUGGAAAUACUGCUUUUAGUGGAAUGUGCUCCCAACAGCUAUCCUGAUUAGUACUAAAUGUGGUUAAUUACUGGCCUAGUAUCAACUAUUCCUGCAGGGUGAUUCAGGCCUCGGUAAACUUGUCUUUGAUAUACACUGUCACACAUGUUUCUGACAUACCUUUGUAAACUUCAAUCAGAGUUAAAACUGGGGUCUGUCCAUUAUUUUAUAUCAAAGGAGUCUGGGUUGGUUAUUUUCGAGUCAUGCACUGUAAAGCAGGAAUGUCUGGCCCUUGACUCCUUAUCUUUCAUUAGCUAGACAAUGCUGGGGUGUAUAGUCUUAUGUUAGGGCCUCCAGCUGGUUUAUAAAGACAGGGUAAUUUAUGUCCAUAUACACAAUACUUUACAUACAUCCCAUCAACCAAACAUAUUUGCUAAUUUCUGGCAUGAAUGUUUUUUUUUUCAGUCAGGUCAGGCCUUAAAAAGUGACUAGCGUUUUGUGUGAGAGGGAAUGUUAUGCUACCAUGUCAUUUUAUGCUCUAAAUAGCUUGCAAUAAAUGAUACACAGAAAUAAAACAAGCAGCUGCAUUGAGUAUUAAUAUCUGUUUAACUAGUUAAAAUGGACUUAUUUAAAAUGAAAAUAUUCUUUCAUAUCCAGUUUUUAAGAACUGAUUGGAGUAUAAAUGCUUUCAAUAAGAUAUAUUUUUUAAGUUUAAAAAAAUAAAAUAAAAAUAAAUACUGAAUUCAUUUUUGAUCACUCUAUGUAGUCUAUAAAUGUUACUUAGUUUAUGUACAAUAAGUGCAUAAACUGUUGUGAAAGUUGUAGUUGACUUUAAAGGGACACUAUUGGCACCCAGACUAUUUCAGCUCAUUGAAGUGGUCUGGGUGCAAUGUCCCUGUUCCCUUUAGUCCUGCAAUGUAAAUCAUUGCAGUUUUUAAGAAACUGCAUUAAAGGACCACUCUAGGCACCCAAACCACUUCAGCUUAAUGAAGUGGUCUGGGUGCCAGGUCCUUCUAGGGUUAACCCAUUUUUUCGUUAAGCCUUCCCCCAUUCCCUCUAGUUGCUGUCUCAUUGACAGCCACUAGAGGCGCUUGCGUGCUUCUCACUGUGAUUUUCACAGUGAGAGCACGCCAGCGUCUAUAGGAAAGCAUUGAGAAUGCUUUCCUAUGUGACAGACUGAAUUCGCGCGCAGCCAGCCGACGGGGCGGAUCGGAGGAGGAGAGGAGGCAGAGAGCUCUCCGCCCAGCGCUGGAAAAAGGUAAGUUUUUACCUCUUUCCUCUCCCCAGAGCCGGACGGGAGGGGGUCCCUGAGGGUGGGGGCACCCUCAGGGCACUAUAGUGGCACUAUAGUGGUCCUUUAAUUACCUUCAGGACUAAGGCUGCCUCUAGUGGCUGUCCAUUAGACAGCCACUAGAGUCACUUUAUGCUUGCUAGGCGACUUUGGGUAGCUUAACUGACGCUGGACGCAUGAGGACAUCCAGCAUCAGCUAUUGCCCUAAAGGCAAGCAUUGAAUCAAUUAGCAUUAAUUAAUUUGCAUUUGGGACCCCUCCCCCCCCCGUUAGGUGGCAUCGGAGCUGGGAUCAGGUAAGUACCGCCACCAGACUCUCCACUAGUCUUCAAUCAUUUGAAGAAGUGCCUUAAAACCCAUCUCUUUAGGAAAGCUUAUGGCCUCCCAGAGUAACCUCUUGCUCUCUCCUAAAGGGCGGCACUCUACUCUCUCCUCCAGCUCUGCUUCAUUCCCACCUUAUUUAAUUGAUAUUUCCUGUCCUAAUGUGUUUUAUACCCCACCUCCUAUAGACUGAAAGCUCGUUUGAGCAGGGUCCUCUUCAACCUAUCGUUCCUGUAAGUUUUCUUGUAAUUGUCCUAUUUAUAGUUAAAUCCCCCCUCUCAUAAUAUUGUAAAGCGCCACGGAAUAUGUUGGAUCUAUAUAAAUGGCAAUAAUAAUAAUAUAUACACCAAAACCACUCAGUUAAAAUUAACAAAUAUAAAUAUUGUAGCCAAGGUGGGAAUAUUCUGGAACAUGGUUUACAGAGAAUGUGAUUUGUGGUGAGUAAACAUUGCAGCUGUUUUAUAGUUCUAAAGAUUGUUGUACUGGUAUAUGGGUGUAUACUUCCUUGUUUAUAAAAAUUCUGUAUGGGUGACAAAUAUUUCUGCUACUGCAACUAUCACUUAUGGGAAUGAGUGUAGUCCCGCAAUCUUAUUUCGUUUACAUAAUUAUUUUAUAUCAAUUGUGAACAAUAUCACAUGUUCUAAACAAGCGCUUCUAGAUCUUUAUCAAUGUGAUUAUAUCAUUCAUCCCAGUACACACCUAUGGUUAACACUCCUUUAGGGUGUGUAGCUGAGGGCAGGGUCUCAUCCAGCAGCUAUUGAUGCAAUUAAGUAAUUUAGAAAAAGAAAGAUAACAAAUUCACUGCCAUUUUAACAAACCACACUGAGUGUUUUUAUUGCCAUGUAGAUUUCCAUAUAUUAAAACUGAGGACAUACAAAGGUGCCAGUUGACUUUGGAGUUAAAAUUUCAUAACGUUGGAAUAAACAUAUUAUGAUUCUUCGACCCUUUGCUUAAAUUAACUUUUUUUUUUUUUUUUUUUUCAAAGCUGUAGAAGGAUUGUCUCGAGCAUUAGAGGCUUAGGUCCUUCUAAUCUCAGGGUAAUCUUAGUGAGUGGCGUAGACACUGACUUCCUAAGCUUUAGUCUAUAUGUUUAUCUCUGUAAAUUUAAAUAGCAAUUAUCCCAAAUACAGUCUGAUAAAACUGCUAAUCAAUUAUCACAAAGUUUUGCCCUGGGAGAGAACUUGCUUAUUUUAAGGCCAUUGUGUCAAGUACAUAUAAUACAGUUUGUUAAACCUAGAAAAGAAAAUUAAAGUACUUGGAAUUAAACGUUAGAAGCACUUUUCCCAGAGGUAUACACUCCUGAUAUCCUCAUUUGUCCUUUUGUACACAUCACCUCCAAAUAUUCUUACAUAUAUUCAACACACCUCCCAAGUGUGCCUAUUUAGGAUGGACAGUACCUAUUUUGGGCCCAAAUCUUUCUGUCCCUCUUUUCUAUACUAUUGUCCCUAUUUUCUUGGAACUCUAUAUUGUUGGUGUGUGAGUCUAUAACAGAGUUCCACAUCAAUAAUAAUAUUUACAGUAAUGUGUCAUUAAACUACAGCCUGUGUAGAUAAGAUUCAUUGUUCUUGUUCUAAAUCCCAAUUUAGUUUCACGAAUUGUAAACUCAGCAAAUAUUAAAGGGACACUAUAGUCACCAGAACUAUAGCUUAAAGGACCACUCUAGGCACCCAGACCACUUCAGCUUAAUGAAGUGGUCUGGGUGCCAGGUCCAGCUAGGGUUAACCCAUUUUUUCAUAAACAUAGCAGUUUCAUAGCAAUGCGUGCGCAUUCAGCCGACGGGGAGGAGAAGAGGAGGAGAGCUUCCUGCCCAGCGCUGGAAAAAGGUAAGUUUAACCCCUUUUCCCCUUUCCACAGCCGGGCGGGAGGGGGACCCUGAGGGUGGGGGCACCCUCAGGGCACUAUAGUGCCAGGAAAACGAGUAUGUUUUCCUGGCACUAUAGUGGUCCUUUUAAUGUAGUUGUUCUGGUGAGUGUAAUAGCUCCCUUCAGGCAUUUUUAUGCAAACAGUGCCUUUCCAGAGAAAAGGCAGUGUUUACAUUGCCCCUGGGGACACCUCCAAGUGGCCACUCCUCAGAUGGCCACUGGAGGUGCUUUCUGGCUCAGUGCUGCAUAGUAGGCAGCACUGCCAUUCAGCGUCUCCACACAUUGCAUGGGGACGCUGAAUUUUCCUCAUGGAGAUGCAUUGAAUCAAUGCAUCUCCAUGAGGAGCUGCUGAUUGGCCAAAACAACGUUGUGGAAAGCAUUGGAUUGGCUAAAAUCAGCAAUUCUGAUGAUGUCCUCAAGAGGGCGGGGCCAGUGCCGGCGGACCCACGCAGCGCUGGAAAUAGGGGGAGGUUGUGAUUGCUUUUAAGGAGGGGGGGGGAGGGGUUAAGCCACCUAAAUGGUGAGUUUAGCACUAUAGGGGCAGGAAUACAUGUUCCUGACCCUAUAGUGUUCCUUUAUUAACAUUUGUGUCGAGUGCUAGUUACACCCCUGGCACAUGUGAAGUCUGGAACUCGCUCCCUCCUUCCCUCUCUUACACUGGUCAGAGCAAGUGCAUGCGCUCAGAGCCAAUGAACAGUCCAGCCAGAUAGAUGCUUCAUGUAAGUUUUUAUUUAUUUUUAUAGGGAUUUUUGAAGAAAUAAGAGAGAGGGAGGGUAUAAGUAAGUACUGAAUAGAGCAUUAUAAAGAAAAUUAAAACAAAUAUAGGAAAGGCAUUUUCCUGGCACUGCAGGGCCAUGCAUUGCCCCCCUCUGUCCCACACCCCAUCCCAUGUUGUUCAGUGACUUACCUGAAUCCAGCACCGAUGUCCCUCGGUUCUGGGUCAGGCUCCACCCACGCUUCUCCCCCGCCGUCAUCAGUUGGCGGGGAGACCUUAUGGGCAUGCGCGGUAAUGGCAGCGCGCAUUAGACCUCCCCAUAGGAAAGCAUUAAUCAGUGCUUUCCUAUGGGGAUUCCAGCAAUGCUGGAGGUCUUCAUGCAUAGCGUGAGGAUGUCCAGUGUCAUUUAAAACACUUUUCGUGUUUUGAUAGACAGCCACUAGAGGAGGAAUUAACCCUGCAAGGUAAUUAUUGCAUUUUAUAAAAACUGCAAUAAUUACCAUUCUAGUGUUAAGGGUGAUGGGAGUUGGCACCCAGACCACUCCAAUGGGCAGAAGUGGUCUGGGUGCCUGGAGUGUCCCGUUAAAUAGCCAUGGAAGAGCUCUACAUACUAUUUUGACAGCUAUACUGCUGUAAAGAUCUAUUACACGAAAUAGGUGUGUAUUUUAUUAUCCUUGUGGCAGAACCGUGAACAAUGUACCCCCCAGCAAUGUAUGAUUAGGUGAAUAACUUUUAUAGGAAACACAUGUAACGUUUUAGCUUUAUAGUUGUGCCGAAGUAAACUUCUGUCACAAAAAUGUUCUGAAGUUGCUGGCCAGGAUGAUCUUUUAUAUCUAGGGUUCAACAUUAACCCAUUGUGGCCCAGUAAUAAGCCACGUUCCCCCUCCCCCUACACACUCAGAGACUGAUAACUGCUGCUGAAGAGGGUUUUUGUUUCUCCAAUUCAUGAUGGAAAUAUUUUUGUUAGGACUCUUCUAGCUACAUACAGACAGACAGGAAAUCUGUUUUUUGUCCUUUUUAAAGAUAAUGAUGUGGGGAUUUUAUAUGGGGGCUUGUUACUUUUGUUUAAGUUCAGGCAUGUAUUUAGGCCUUCAAGGUGUUCAGUCUGAUUUUUAUGAUAUUUUGGAGAUUUUUCUCAUUUGCUAGAGCUAUUUGACCACUUUUUUGUUGGGAGCCCUGAAUUGGCUCUUUGUGAUGCCAAGAGACACUCUCUCCCCUUGUAUCAAAAAGGUUCUCUGUGUUCUAUUUUCCGCUGAAAUCUAGGAGUCCGGUAUUUGCUAAAUGGAUAUUUAGAGCUGAAUAGUGAUAGCUGGAGCUGGCAAGCCAUACCUGCCCAAGCAAAACGUGCAGACUUUAACCGACUGCAUUUACUGGAACCAAGGCUUGGGUUAUUGGAGUGCAUACUGACAGUUACUCUUAAGUCUUUUAAUCUGUGUACUGCUAAAAUCUUUACAUAGACCUAACUGUGUGUCUGUUCCUUUGGACAACACAGUCAAAAAAACAUUUACUUCUAGGCAUGGCUUAUGCACCACAGAAAAUAUUCAGAGGAACAGGCUAGAGGAAAAAUAGGCAAAACUUUCUAAAAGGUAUCCAUUAACCAUGGAAUUAGACAUUUUGACAUUCUGUUAGGCUCUGCAUAUUGUUCCUUAGUUAUUCUUGGUCUUGUAAUAUAUUCAUAUAUUACAGGAAACACACCAAACAUUUUACAGUAGCAACCACAAUGCAAAAAUCAUACUCCAUUGUCCAUGCCUUUUAAGCCAUGUAUCCCAGACUUCUUUUUAAAUUCUAAAAUAUAUUGAUAAGUCUAUGAUGACUGACUGUAUAACCAUUCAUUAUUCAGUUUGGUAAUAAGAUCUUUUCAGGGAAUUUACCUCUUCCUGAAUUUCUGGAGUUGUUGGAGUAGUUUUGUUGUCUGGGGGAAAUAUUUCCUGUGUGCACAUACAUAUGUUCAGUGCUGAACACUAAUCUAAGACACAUCUCAAUGAGGUCCCUGAAUAUUUUAGGAGACAAUGCUCAGAAGCUGGAGUGCCAUGCUUCAUUGCUGUUAAAAUGUUUAUAUUAUUUUGUAUAGCUCCUUUUGAGUGAGACGCUUCAUGGCUCAUAAACUUAUAAGCACCGAUAUGGAUCAUUUUAGUCCUUCGCCAAACAAAUUCUAAAUAUAUUUCACUUGGUCUGUUUCCCCAUGUGUUGGCUAAUCCUCCUUGUCCACAGCCUGCUGUAAGUCUAAUCUAUAAUGUUUUCACUUUUAAACAGGAAUUUUUGCUUACCUUAACUACCAUGUGUCCCACACACGGCGUGAGAUCCUGGAAAGGCUCAUUAAAGGUCUACAGAGGCUGGAGUACCGAGGAUAUGACUCUGCAGGUAAGCCACAGACAUAACUGGGUUCAGCACCGGUGUUUUAAAUGUGGCAAGUAACUUAUUAAAUGAAAAGAGAUUUUCAGAGCAAAACACAGUCAAUGACUACAUCCAUUUGGUCAUGAGAUUAAACACUUAAUGAAGGUUAUUGUUGAUUUAUUAUAUGUGUGUUUUGUGACAAUAUGUCUAGUUCAUAUAUAGUUAAUAUUGGUAUUAAAUAUAUAUAUAUUAAAGUUAGUUUUUGUCGACCUGAGGGACAAAUUCCCUUUUAUUACCUCCAGCUGGCUUUGGGGACUUAGCUCCUCAUAAACUCCACCCCCCACCCACCCCAGCCACUCAUACCGACCUAGCCCAGGGGUUUUUAGCCUCUUUGUAUAUGUACCCAGUAGAUCUAUUAUCCAGCAUCAUCUUUGCGAUAAGAGGCAAGUAGCCUUUAAUACCUUUUUAUACAGCGUGCGACUUUGCUUCCGAUAUCCUUCAUAUGGGUGGAAGGCUUAGUACACUAGUGAUUGUUUAUCACAAAAUCCUCUGUCUAAUCUUAGAAGCGCUUGUCAUGUCACAGUUGUCCUGUAUUUUGCAUUUUGUCUAUGUACCUAGUCAAUUGUACUUCCUGUGUAUUUUAUGGAUUGAGAAUAAAAAGAGAUUGACAAUUUUUUUUUUUUUUUUUUGUCAAAUUGUUUUUGAAAGCAUUCACUUACAUUAAUAUAAAAGUGGUGAAUUAAACUCCUUUUUAAAAAAAAAAUUUUUUUAAAGCAUUUGACCAAAUGUAUUUGGUCACUUUUUUUUCUAAGCAUUUUUAAUUUAAAGGCAUGCUUUUUUAAAUGCACAUUAUAAUCUAAAAAACGUUGUAAUUAAAAUUGAAGCAAUUGCCUCCAGUUCACUCGAGUACUAAGAUUCUAGGGAUAGUGCACUCUGCUGAAAAAACGACGGACCCAAAACGCUGACUUUUUGCAUUCAUUUCAUUGUGUUUCAGGUGUUGGGAUCGAUGGUGGCAAUGAAAAGAACUGGGAGAACAACGUCGGCAAAAUUCAGCUGAUCAAGAAAAAGGGGAAAGUCAAGGCUCUAGAGGAAGAGAUUAAUAGUAUGUUGCAAUAUGUUAAUAAAGCAAUAGCCAUGUUUUUCAUCCAUGACAGCCUUUGCAGAUCUCACUUGAUAGAAAUGAGAUGGUGGGGAUCUUGAUGAUGUGGCAUAUUCUGUGAGCACGAAUAAAGGACAUUGUUCAGAAUAUUAUGAAUUUACAGAUAUGCACAUCCUUUAUUUGGUUAUAUCCCAUAUAUAUCACUGUAAAUAUAAACGUGAGACAAAAAAUUGGAGUAUUUAGUGAAGAUGCUGUACUGGGAAAGGACGUUUCUGAGACUUUGAUGCAUAUGCAUGAGGCUCUGCAUCUUACCUUUAUUUGUUCGUGUGUGGGUGAGUGAUUGUCUGUGUGAACUUUUGUUUACAGUAAUGUCUAUAUAUGUAUAGAAUUCUAUGUGUCAUUUACUUACCUUACCCUUGUAAUAUAAUCUUAUUUUUAGUGUUUCAUUACUUGCUAUUAGUUCUUGGAUCGUAUCUGGAUUUUUAAAUAGUUUGUUCAGCUCUUAUGUAUUUUUUGUACAUCUGCAAAGAUCUUUAUGUACCACAUAGACACAAAUGAACCCUAGGAAUACAAAGAUGUAUUCUAACACUUAAGUGUCCCUCUGUUCCACACUUCCUGCAACAAAAGGGUUAAAAACCCCUUUUAUUCAACUACCUGAUUCCAGUGCCGAUGUCCCUUGGCGCUGGGUCUCACUCCUCCUCCAGAUGGCGGGGGAGCUUAUGUGCAUGUGCGGCCGUAAGCAUUGAUUCAAAACUUUCCUUUGGGGUUUUGCUUGACACUGGAUGUCCUCAUGCUGGGCGUGAGGAUGUCCAGCGUUGUUUCACAGAUUCGAACUCUGUGAAACUGCAGGAAGCGCCUAUAGUAGUUGUCUAGUAGACAGUCACUAGAGGCAGUCUGAGCACUGCAAUGUAAACAUGUCCAUUUCUCUAAAACAGCAAUGUUUUACACUGCAUGGUUAAGGGAACAGGGGCACCACACCCAGGCCACUUCAAUGAGAUGAAGUGGUUUGGGUGCCUGUAGUGUCCCUUUAAUUAAAAUAUUUCAUACUAGAUAUUUUGUUUCAGCUUCUAGCCUUUUAAAGUGUCAGUUGUUUUUAAAGCUGCUUGAAAUGUAUUGCUGGUACAAGUGAAUUGUGGUAUGUAUUAAUGGAUGUCCAUUUUUUGUUCUUCUAUUACUUACCAAUGUCCUACCAGGCAUAGGCAACCUUCGGCACUCCUGAUGUUUUGGACUACACAUCCCUUGAUGCUUUGCCAGCAUUAUGGGUGUAAGAGCAUUAUGGGGAAUGUAGUCGACAACAUCUGGAGUGCCAAAGGUUGCCUACCCCUAGUCGAUUUAAAAUAAAAAAAAUUGGUAUUUUAUUAUUUGCCUGCCCUGUUAGCUGUGAGGGGAGGAGCCACCUCAGAUGUAAUAGUUAGUUCCAUGUUGGUUAAGAACAGUUAUUUGAAUAUCUCUACAUGUCUGCAUCUCUUCUUACCCAAAACUCUCCCUGUUCCUCUACGUCUCCAUCUUCUGAUCGUUGUGGUUUUUUUCAUAAUGGGGGUUUGUCUAUGGAUGAAAAUGCAAGACAGCAAGAUCGUUUAAACAGGAAAUGGCAGGAUGUGGUGGCUGAAGGAUAGCCAUUACCACUUUUUGCCAAAAUGGAACUUGUAGUUAAGACUAGUAGUCCCUACUUGGUCUUGUACAUAUGAUCUGAUGUAAAAAUCCAUUGCUGUCUUUGCAAAACAUUUUCAUAAAGAUGUGAUGAUAAUGUUUUAUUUGAGUGUCAAAUGUAUAUAUGAUCAGAAUAGAAUUAUUUUUCCAUGAGUAUUUAACAAACAAAUGUUCCUCACAUUCUUCUUCCAAAAAGGUGUAAUUUUGUAAAUAGGCUGAUUUUGGAAAAUUAGCUGUUGAAUAAGCAAGUACCAGGGAGGUAGUAAUAAUAAUGUCUAUUUAUGCAAGGUCACAUACUGUGUCUUGUUACCAUGGCAACUAAACACUAAGUCAUUAAUAGUUAUGGAAUAAAAUGCACAAACUGUCUAUUUGCUAAUUAUCAUCAAGAUGGGUGUUGGCUCUUUUAUUUGCUGUCAAGGCAGCUGGUUGCAUGUCCGCACACUGUGCCAACCAGAGGGUUAAACCCUUGUAGCUCUGUAGAUGGAAUGCAAUGCUGAGUCCCACCAGACUGCAUACGUGGAGGUUUAAUGGAAAUCGAGGUCUCUGUUGAAUCUCUUUUAAUGACAUGAAACCCAACACUUCAACUCCGCUGGCUGAGUCCAAACUCUGUGCCAAAUGUUUAUUUUCCAGAAAAAAAAGUUUCAGUAAAAUGUCAUUAAUACCCAUUCACUCACCCAACCCCCACCAUCCAAGAAGUAUCCAAGACCCUGUCCCUCUGCCAGAGGAUUUCAUAAUAGAAUGUGGGAUUUAGGUAAAAAAAAAACCUCUGACUUCCAAGAAAUUGUAGGGGGCUGAUCUUUAGUUUACUCAGAAGAUGAUUAUCUGAUCGUGAUUGCUUUAACCAUUUGCUUCACAAUGAUUUGCACACACUUUGAAAAGGUUAACAUGCAGUCGUUUAGGUCCUUUCCAAAAACCAUGUUUAACUUUUUCUAAGUUCUGCUCUUGAAGGGGUCUGUCCAUAAGGUUUGCCAGGUCAAUGUCAGGUCUCCUAUGCAGGGGGGCCCUCUGAGAUGUAACAUUUUCUUUGACAGUUUUACUCUGAUUAUGACCCCAAAUGUUAUUUGUGCCUGCUUCUCCUGGAGAUUGCCGCCAACCUCCCCCCUCUUUUUUUGGUGUAAGGUUUAUUUUUGUUGGCUACUCCUUUUUUUAUUUUAUUUUUUUUAUGUUGUGCAGUGAUCCUGUUUUCCAAGUAUUUGUUUUCUUUUCUUUUCUUUUCCCUCCAUUUUUAAUGGCCAGAAAUCUGUCUUAAAAAAUUUCUGCUCCGUUUGACUUCUUUAUACAGAUCCACUUCCCCUGACUGCAAAUGGAUGUUUAUUGUCCUUAAAUGUAAGCUUGUCAGAUGUGGCUAAUUAAUAACACUUUAAUCUCUUCCACAUUUUCACUGAGAAAAAUGUGCCCCCUUCUGAAAGAACACAUACUACAUUGAAAAGUAGACCCCCCUUCUAGGUGCAUGAUGCUUAACCUUUUGCACACAGCUGUUUUUGACUAUAUUCCCAAUGAUUUCCAGUGAUCCUCAUCCAGCUGAGCACCUUGGGAAAUGUAGUCCAGAAGGCAUUUUCUCUGAAAGUGUUAAUUAGCAUGACAUAUUUAUUGAUUUUGUUCAGUGCGUCAAUUAUAAUAAAAUAAUAAUGUCAGUAUAUUUGGCUCCCUUUUUUAUAGAAGGUGAAUUGAGAUCUUUUUAGCACAAAUUUAUUAAAGGAAUCCUAUAGUGCCAGGAAAACAAACCCGUUUUCCUGGCACUAUAGGCUCUUGGAGUGCCCCCCUCCCUCGGUGGUGAAGGGGUUAAAAACCCUUCAGCCACUUACCUUAAUCCAGUGCCUGGCUCCCUCGGCGCUGGUGACGUCAGCUCCCGAGUGGAGCCGAAUGCGCACGCGAGGCCAGAGGCGCGUGCGCGCAUUCAAACACUGCCACAGGAAAGCAUUACUCAAAUAUUAUAAUGUUUUGCUACUUGAAGAUUUGAUGAUGGCUUUUCUGUUUUACAGAGCUGGAAGACAUGGACCUGGACAUUGAAUUUGAUGUUCAUCUAGGUAUUGCUCACACUCGCUGGGCCACUCAUGGAGAACCAAGCCCCACAAACAGUCACCCUCAGCGCUCUGACAAGAACAAUGGUAGGCUAAUCCUUGUUCCUGAGUACCACAUUACAUUCAGCUCUGACCUAUGCUUGUUCAGUCAUUGGCUAAAGCACUCUAGAUAAAGCCGAACAUUCUAUGUAUGUAUAAGAACAUUAUGAAGGACACAUUUCUGGUGCAGGGGUUAUCUGUUCCGGGAAAUAUUGAGGCUAGCAUAGUUUUAUCUUUCGUUUAUAGUUGUGGAAUGCAGUAUGUUUGAGAAGUGGAAUAGGUAUGAUUAUAAGUGGUAGAUGGGCUGGACUAGCUUGAAAUUUAAGUUAGUGUUGAAUGAGAGGCUAACCAUGUGACAGAAGAUAAGGAGAGGAUUUAUUAAAAAGGGAUAAAGAAACUUUAAUUUUCUCUAGCUCUGAAAAGUUGAAUGAAUCUGAGCGUUUUAGAAUUUACCUAGCGCUAUAACUAGACUUUGGAAUAAAUGUGCUAAAUAGAAUUGAAAAUACGUCAUUCAAAAUAAUCGGUGAUAGCCGUAGAGAAUCUCUAACUUUACAUUUUGUAAUUGUGUAUUUCAGUUAAAUUUGUUAUGUUGACUUUUUUUUCCCCUCCGUCUCUUUUCAGAAUUCAUCGUUAUCCAUAAUGGUAUUAUUACCAAUUACAAGGACCUGAAAAAGUUCUUGGUGAGUGAUCUGUGUAUAGGGUCUGUACCACAGCGUCACCUUUCCAUUAAGCCUUUGGUCAUGGUUGAACACUUUGACAAAUAUUGCUGAAAUGUAAAUGUUGGUCAGUGUAUUUAGGGAGACCAGCAUUCCCUAAUAUUUACCAGCCUUGAUAUGAAGGAAUCAUGAUGACAGAGUAUUUGUUGUGCAAUGCUCUGACAUAAGAAGUUCUGUUUAGUAUUAGGUUAGCACAGAGAGAAACCUUUAGCAUUUCAUUAGUUUUCAAGUACAUCUUGGGGGGGUCUAGAGUGUAUUAUUUUCCAAUUUAGAGGGACACUGUAGGCACCAAGACCACUUCAGCUAAUUAAAGUAGUCUGGGUGCUGUGACCCUUUUGCACUUAGUGCUGCAAUGUAAAACAUUGCAGUUCCAGAGAGUUUACAUUGCAGCUCUAAGUGUGCCCUCUGUGGCUGUCUACCAGACAGCCACUAGAGGGCUUCCAGAAUCCAAACUGACUUUUGGUCCGUUAUCUGACGCUGGACGCCCUAACGGACCUCCGGCGUCAGAUUGUACCCAUAGGAAAGCAUUGAAUAAUGCUUCCUAUGGGGAGGUCUAAUGCGCGCACAGCCAUUGCCGCACAUGCGCAUUAGGUCUUCCCCACCGGCUGGCGUGGUUGGAGCCUGACCCAGCCCCGCGGGAGGGGGCACUCCAGAAGCAUAUAGUGCCAGGAAAACGGGUUUGUUUUCCUGGCACUAUAGGAUCCCUUUAAUGAUAUUCAUUUUAUUGACCUUGCAAGGAUAAACCUGAUUCCUAUUUUGAUUGCUAGAAAAUAAAAAAUUGAACAAUUGUUAUUUGAAGGAAGUAGCCCUUUGUAUAACUCAAUGUUGUUGUUGUGUUUUUUUGUUGUUUUUUUUUUUUAUUAAUUUUUUUAUUAUGUGGGUUGUACAUAUUGCUAGAAAUAGUAGAGCAGUGUAUAUGAAGUUGAUUAGUAACAUUCAUAAGGUUUUCAUGGUGAUUGCUUCUAUUUUAGAACAUUGCCCCAGAACGGCUGCUUGUACGUUCUCCCUUGUUUCUGUUCUAUAUUGUGUUUACGUUGUUUAAUCUUGUCCUUUCUUUGACCUUUUUCAGGAGAGUAAGGGUUAUGAGUUUGAGUCUGAGACUGACACUGAGACUAUUGCCAAGCUUGUUAAAUAUAUGUUUGAUAAUCGAGAGAACACAGAAAUCAGCUUUGCGACUUUAGUAGAACGAGUCAUCCAGCAGCUGGUAAGCAAAAUGCAAACUAUGGUUAACCAAUGCUAUGGCACAAUCUGGCUCUGGGAGAUGCCUUCUUGCUUUCUAAGCCUGUUGCACUUGCACAUUAUGUACAUUGCUCAUUGCUGCAACCGGCAUACUGCAGUUUUUGUUUGUUUGACAUAACUGAACACCUUAAUGCGAAUAUAAUGUAUUUUAUAGACACUGACUCUAAUAAUAAUUUUUGGUUAUGCAAAUGUAUUGAAAUGUGUUCCAUACACAAACGCUUAUUAUAUCAUCUUUCAUUUGACAGGAAGGUGCUUUUGCCCUUGUAUUUAAGAGCAUUCAUUUCCCAGGCCAGGCAGUUGGAACAAGGUAAUUUCUAAUAUUAAUUAGUCAUUCUUAUAUUUUAUUGGGUCAUUUUGAUCUUCCUGAAUUUUUUGUGUAUAUGCGCGUCCGUCCAUCUAUCUUUUGUCAUAAUGGACCAAUGGCCCUGUGUCAUGCUUUUGUCUUGUAGAAGGGGAAGCCCACUUUUGAUGGGUAUACAAAGUAAACACAAGCUGUCUACAGACCACAUACCAGUUCUCUACCGCUCCGGUAAGCUUGAAAUAAUUGUAACCGCUGCUUAGUAUGUUGUAGGGUAUUACCACCUAUUGGUUGCAUGUGAAUUCUCCAUAUAUAGACGAUGUCAUGGACCUUCUCACUGUAAUGUAAAUGCCUAUAUCACUGAUUGAAACAAUGUCAGCAUUCAUUAAGGCAAGCCAGGCAAAUCCAUUUAAUUUCAUUUAAGAUUGACAAUCAUAUGUCUGUGUCUUAAAAUGUAGUGUUAGUUGCUGAAUGUCUUCCAGUCUUUUUGUACUGUAUGCUUUACUGGCUGUACAUACCAUGUGCAUCUCUGCUUUGGUAUGUUACAGUAUGCAUUCAGGAAUCCUGCAAUGCAUAAUCUGCUUAUAUACAUGUUAUCUGAUUACUUUUGUUGCAAUUUCUCAUUGUACUUUCAGUGUCCCAGUCCAAGGACUAUUCUCUUGAAGAAAUGUCCAUUAAUAAGGAUAAAGGUGCCUCAUCAGACUCCUACUCCCAAGCAAUCUAUACUGUUCUCUAGAAAAAAGGCUAUGUUAGGAGGUUGGGAGAUGUCUGGAAUUGUUUCCCAUGGUAGUGUUUGCAUGCCUUUGUAAUUAAACUUCUAUAAUGCCUAUAAUAUAGAAACCCAUCAAUCUGUUGUGAGUACAAAUACGAAAUUACAUGAACCAUCCUAUAUAUGCAUCAUAUAUCCAUGGUCAUUUCCUAAUGUCAGCAGUACAUAAAACAAUAUAUAACUCCCUUGUAUAGUAAAAUCCAUUUUUAUGAACUGACUAAUCAGUACCACUUUUGAACACUAGAUGUCACUGUUUCCUUUAAUUCCUUGUAGCGUAAUUAAAAGUUUGAACCAUCUGUUUUAAAAUUGAUGUAACAGAUUUGUUCAGCCCCAUUAGUGGGAGCAUCAUUUUGUUUAUAGUUUGAAAGUUCUAGUCCUUCCUAAACAUAGGUGUGUAUGUAAACACCUAGCAUGUUACAAUAGUAAACAAGAGGUCUGAGCUUCUAGUGCAGUUCUAAAGGGCAGAGUGUUCUCAUCGGCUCUCAUUGUACUCCCGGAGUAUGGCACACAGUGAAAUGUGAAUCUGUGUUGCUCACGUUGAUACUUUCCUUUUUACUCCCAAGCAUUCUAAACCCAUGGAAAACAAUACUAAAAGAAAUCUACUCCAAAAUGUCAGCCUCUUAUUCUUAUGCCUUUGGAGGGUUGGGUUAUUUACAAUGUGAAUGGUUUUGCCUCUCUUUAUCUGUGUGCUUAGGGCAUUUUCUUCUUGCUAGUUAAGGGAAGGAAUAUUUAUGCUGGGUCAUGCUAUGAGACUGCAUACUUCUAACUUUCUUCAUAGUUGCUCAUGAUAUGGUGUAAAGAAGAAUUUCCUUAAUCCUGCAGUACCAAGGACACAGCACACACUACCCAUCCAACUAGACUGACAGUAUUGUUCACUAAAUCAUGAAUUAUUGCGAAUUCACCAGGGUAUCACCUAAUUGAGGUGAAAUUAGUAAAACUGUAAAAUUAAUUGUUUCCUGACCCAAUAGUGUUAAAAAUGCUAGCCCCACUGGCUCCUCCUCCCCCCCCUUAAAUAUACUAAAAUCCUUUAUUCCCGUCUGCUGCUGCUGGUCCUGCCCCUAAUCUGCCUGAUCGGCUGACAUCAUCAGAGGUGGUGAUCACAGCUAAUCACAAUGCUUACCCAUAGGGAAGCAUUGAAUUGGCUCAGCUUUUCAAGGAGGCAGAUCAGGGGCAGAGAUAGCACAAGCCAAGCACCGCACUAGUCAAUCAGCAUCUCCUCAUAGAGAUUGAAUCAAUGUACCUCUAUGAGGAAAGUUCAGUGUCUGCAUGCAGAGGGUGGAGACACUGAAUGGCAGUGCUGCUCACUGUGCAGCAUUGCCCAGGACGCAACUCUAGUAGCCAUCUGAGGAGUGGCCACUGGAGGUAUCUCUUACCUGUAAUGUAAACAUUGCUUUUUCUCUGAAAACUGUGUUUUACUGCAAAAAGUCUGAAGGGUCUGACUGUAAAUAAACUGUAGUUGUUCUGGUGACUAUAAUGUGCCUUUAAAGGGAAACUCCAGUGCCAGGAAAACAGUUUUCCUGGCACUGCAGGUCCCCUCUCCCUCCCACCCCCCAAUCCCCGGUUGCUGAAGGGGUGAGACUGAUCCCGCCCACCGGCCGAGAAGACCUAAUGCACAUGCGCAUUAGAGCUCCCCAUAUGAAAGCAUUGAAAAUGCUUUUCAGUGCUUUCCAAUGGGAAAUUGAGCGAUGCUGGAGGUCCUCACACAGUGUGAGGACAUCCAGCGAUGCUCUAGCACAGGUUUCCUGUGCUAGGGACACGGAAGGUGGAGUUAACCCUGCAAGGUAAUUAUUGCAGUUUAUAAGAAAACUGCAUUAAUUACACUUGCAGGGUUAAGAGUAGUGGGAGUUGGCACCCAGACCACUCCAAUGGGCAAAAGUGGUCUGAGUGUCCCUUUAAAGUUGCAAUUCCAUGAUGAAUUCCAAACAAGUCACUGUUUAUUGUCAUCUUGCCAAGAAGGGAUCUAGUCACAAGUCUAACUAUGUUGCUUCAAAGCCCUUUUCAGAAUACCCCUUUUAAAAUAGUAAUUUUGCACCUUAGUACAAUAAAUUGUUUUACUGGCCAAGGUUAUGGUAAUCUUUCAUAGGAGUUAGUUUACCAUGGAUAUCAUGGAUUUUGUAACCAGUUUUAAACUACCCCAGUUUAUCCCACAAACUGGAUCUGCUCCUGCAAGAAUAAAAUCAGUCCUAAUGUCAAGCAUGUUUUUUUACACAUACAUUUCAGGGUUCGUAGUACUCAAAUCUAUUGCCAGAAAAUUCUGCAGGCUGAUCCUAUUGGCUUUGACUGUAAUAAAAGGGAGAUUAGAACCUUGGCUAGAGCAUCAACGUCCAUGCUUUAUCUAAACACCGAAGAUGUAUAAAUGGAAAACGAAUUCACAUUGCAGAACACUUAAAAUAAUCUUUGCCUCAUCAUGAGCAAAUGCAUGCUUGAAAUUUUCUGGAGAUGGCAUUCAGGUUCCUUUUUUUCCUGUCUAACAUUUCUUAGAUUUCCUGAUCUACCUUUUUUUUCCGCAUUCUUGGUGCUCCUGCAUAGUCUUACACAAAUCCUCUGUGUCUUUGUUUGGUUUGCGCAGGUAUGGAGAAGAAGGGAAGCUGCACUCUGUCCAGAGUAGACAGCACAACCUGUCUUUUCCCUGUGGAGGAGAAUGCAGUGGAGUAUUACUUUGCAUCUGAUGCCAGGUGAGAUGUGACUAACAAGCACUGGAAGGAAUGCCCAUAUUCCUUGUAUGUAAUUAUAUAAACAGGAGAAUAUAUCCAGUAAAUAAAAGACAAAAGAAGGAACACAAUAUAGUGCAGAUGGUGAUUGCCUAUAGAUAAUAUAUAUAUAGAUGUUCAGAUCACUUAUGUGAUGGAGCCUGUAUAUAUGGCUGUUAUGCUUUUAGGGCUACAUCACACCACUCCUUCAAUGGGAUGCUUCCUGAAUUUGCAGCAUAGGCUGAAAGCUUUUCUAAACUCUGAGCUCCAAGCUGUACAUCAUUCAUAAUGUGGCAUAGAUAGCAGGUGCCGGUUUGUCGUGUUGUUUGUAAGAUCGUAGUAUUCCACACUAUUGUGUAGAGCUGCUAUUCAAAUCACAUGUGAAGCACUUUUGAUAGGAUACACCCCCACCCUAACAGGAGGUUACUUUCUUGGAAUGUCCAUACUGCUCGAACUUGUUUUCCUAAUACCUGUGCUGUGGCACCGCAGAGAUAAUCUUCAUUUCAGUCACUUUGAUACCUGUGCACCCCAGAUCAUGGCAUGUUAGUAGGUCCUGGGCACUGAUUUAAGAUUUGUUUUUGUUUUUUUUUUGCUGUUACACUCAGAAUCCUUAAAGGGACACUCUAUGCACCAUAAACACUACAGCUCAUUGUAGAUUUUAUUGGUGCUCCCUCAGUUAUAUCAAGCAGUUUAUUAGUAAAAGACUCUUCUGGCAAAUCUUGCACAUUUCCACCAUAAUAUAUAUAAACAGUCUAAUGUGAAAGUCCACAUCUGUGUUGACCGAGCUAAACGAUUGGCUUUAAGCUCCUCUAAAAUGUUUUUCACACACUGGGGAUAGUGGAUCCCUAAGCUGUAGUUUUUAAGGUAUUUAGGUUGCCCCUUUAAUUUUUAUUUUUCAUCAUGUAUUGGAUAUGCUUUGAAAUUGCUCCUAUGCCAAAUGCCAGGCAUUGGAUACAAUAGAAGAAUAUGGCCUAUUACAAUUUGUAAAGUUAAAAAAAAUCUAAAAAAAAAUCAUUAGAUCCCAAAACCUCAAUUCUAAUUUUAUUACAAGCCGGAAAACUGAUAGGCUCACUUUUCGAAUAGUUUUUAUUACUGUGCAAUAUGUAGGUACAUUAUGUUAAAUACAAAUGCAAUAUUUUACUAUUGUAUUUAAUAUUUCCUCCCUCUCCGGCAUGGUUUGAAUCAUAUGUGCAAGAAUGUAUAGUGCCAUCUCAUACUGGCGUUUUCUUUGAAUAGUCUAUAAGGCACCUAGACAUCACAUUUUUAUUUCUGAUUUUGGAAUCCUGAGAAACACAGCUGACUGAUUUUGACCUGUUCCAUGUUACAGUGCCGUCAUUGAGCACACAAACCGGGUCAUAUACCUAGAGGAUGAUGAUGUAGCCGCAGUAGUAAAUGGAAGACUUUCUAUUCAUCGAAUUAAGCGAAAUGUUGGUGAUCAUCCUGCACGGGCCAUUCAGACUUUACAGAUGGAACUUCAGCAGAUUAUGAAGGGUGAGUGCUAACGCAAGAUUUGUUUCUAUAUUCACAGAAUAACUUUAUAUGUAAAGGGCAUGUUCUCCAAUUCUGUAUAAAGUGAACCAUAUUUACUUUGUCGAAUGGUAGACUCUGAAACUGUAUAAACGUUAAAACAUAAACAAUUGUUUUGAGAGAGUGUGGUGAACACUUGUAUAGCAUGCCAGCACAUAACCAAAUCAAAUUGCAAUUCAUGUUAUCUCUUACUACUCACAGGUAACUUCAGCUCCUUCAUGCAGAAAGAAAUCUUUGAGCAGCCAGAGUCUGUGGUGAACACAAUGAGAGGCAGAGUGAAUUUUGAUGAUCUCACAGGUAACCUGUCAUCCACAGGUAAUCUGUGGGCACCAGGCCUAUAUCCCUGGUGGUUUCUUCCCUUUUGACUCUGAUAGUGCCUUACAUCCGUUUCUUCAAAAUAUGACUUUCAGGGUUACUCCCGGAAGUGUGAAUUUUAAAUUAAGGCUAAGUUAGCAGAGCUGGAAGCAUAACUGAUUUAGAUAAUUUUUCCAGUUCAGCUAUUUUGGACUUACAUCUGAAAUUCACUUUGAAUUCUCACUUAAGUGAAUAACCCUGUUUAAGUUUUGUAUAAAAUGCAGCUUCAAAAUGUCUUCUCUAUAUAUCUUUGAGAUAGGGAUGCACUGAAAUGAAAAUUCUGGGCCGAAACUGAAAAUUCAGGAUGCCCUUGGAAGAAAACUGAAACCGAAAAUGACUUUUCCCCCCCAAAUGAUUUUGAAAGUUUUUUUUUUCUUCCUAUAAUUGUAUUAAUAUUAGACUUUUUAAUGAAUUUAAUCUAAUAUGAACUUCCCUUCUCCCUUCUUUUAGUGCCACCCCCUUAAUGUUCCUCUCUCCCCUCCCUCUUUUUUAGUGUUCUUUCCCCCCUCCUCCCCAGUCCCAUAUUAUCCCCCCCCAUCCCAUAGUGUUCUUUUCUCCCCUCCCCUGUCCCAGUGUUCUUUUCCCCCAUCCCAUAGUGUUCUCCCCAUCCCAUAGUGUUCUUUUCUCCCCCCUCCCUUCUUUUCCCCCCUCCCCUGUCCCAUAGUGUUCUUCCCCCACCUCCCCUGUCACAUAGUGUCCCCCCCCCGUCCCUAGUGCAGUAUUGUUGACUUUUCAUGUUAUCAUUACUAUCUUUCAUUGUGAUAUAUAAUCAUUUGAAUUGUUAAUGCAAGCAUGUCUGUUAAACUAUGCACUACAAAAAUAAAAAAUAUAUAACAUUUUCUUUUUACAAUUUUGGCAAAUUUGACCCGUUUUCGCCGAAAUGGGAUAGGUCCAUUUUCGGCUGAAAAUUUCAGCUGCUGGAAUUUCGGUGCAUCCCUACUUUGAGAUAUGCUGCAGCUUUUUCUUAUCUUUAGCAGCACUUGACUAACUUUUCUAUUAUGGUGUUUAUCUUGCAAUUUACAGUGAAUUUGGGAGGACUGAAGGAUCAUCUGAAAGAAAUCCAAAGAUGUCGGCGUUUGAUUCUUAUUGCUUGUGGAACAAGUUAUCAUGCAGGGGUUGCUGUAAGUAUUGAAUGCUAUUUGUAGAAACACCAUUAUUUGUAUUAUCCAGUCUAUGAAUACAUGCUUUAUAUCAAUUUACAUUUUUACAAAAUUUUAAGUCACCCAAGGAACUUUUGGGUAAAAACAUUGCAGUUUUUUUUUUUUAAAGAAACUGUAAUGUUUACUUUGCCGGGUUAAAUCCAACCCUAAUUGCAAUCUUACUGACAGCCACUAGGGGUGCUUCCAGGGCACCGAGUAGGCAUUAGUGGCACUGAUCACAUAGGAAUGCAGUGAUUCAAUCCAUAUCCAUUAUAUUUCCCAGGUUGAAUAAACCCUGCUCAGUGUAAUUUGCACUUAUUCUCGUUAAAAAUCUGUGUUUGGCAGCCCCCUCCUUUUUUGCAGCUAGCUUGCACCCUGCACUGAUUUAUUCAGCUGGACAAUCUAUUCUUAAAGGACCACUAUAGGCACCCAGAUCACUUCAGCUUAAUGAAGUGGUCUGGGUGCCAGGUCCAUCUAGGGUUAACCCUGCCUGCUGUAAACAUAGCAGUUUCUUAGAAACUGCUAUGUUUACAUUAGGGUUAAUCCCGCCUCUAGUGGCUGUCUCAUUGACAGCCGCUAGAGAUGCUUCUCACUGUGAUUUUCACAGUGAGAAGACGCCAGCGUCCAUAGGAAAGCAUUGAGAAUGCUUUCCUAUGGACUGGCUGAAUGCGUGCGCGGCUCUUGCCGCGCAUGCAUAUUCAGCCAAUGACGUCCGAAGGAGGAGGAGAGUCCCCAGCGCUGAGGGAGCCCGGUGCUGGAGAAAGGUAAGCAUUUAACCCCUUCAUCCCCCUAGAGCAUUGUAUUUGCAGAAUAAAGUAUUUUCAACGGAAUCAAGAUUUAUAUAUACUUUCUUAUGUGAUUUUUAAAACCUUGCAAUCCAAUAGCUCUCACACACACAAAAGAUAAUAUGUAUAAAUGGUCAAGAUUGUGUGGUUUUUUUUUUUUUCUCCCUAUUAUCACACAGAUACUUUUAGUAUCAUUGAUAAGGUUGCAUAAUAAUUCUAGUCCAUUUGUCUGUGUCUUCCACAUUUUUAUUAAUUUGUUAGUAUUUUUUUUUUUUUUUUUUUUUUUUUUUUUUUUUUUUUUUUUUUUUUUUUUUUUUAUGCUAGUGAUUUGACAUGACAAAAUCAAUGAAUUUCAGAAAUUACUGGUACUUCAACUGAAUUAUUUGUUCUGUUUCUCGACUGAUGGCAACGCUGUCUUUUUCCUUGCAGACGCGCCAGAUUUUGGAAGAACUAACGGAGCUGCCAGUCAUGGUGGAACUUGCUAGUGACUUUUUGGACAGGAAAACACCAGUUUUCAGAGAUGAUGUAUGCUUCUUCAUCAGCCAGUCAGGUGAGACAAUCCAGGAUUCUGCCUUGUUAAAAUCAAUGAGAAGCACAGUCUUGCAAUAUAUAGUGACUUCACAUUGAAUUGAAAAGGAUAAAUACAUGCUCUUGUGCAUUGCCACUGACAGCUUCCAUUAACUUGUGGAAAUCGUUCUUUCAUUGCUUUCCACAAGCAUGUACUUCUGUAAGAUUCCGAAAGUAGAUUUGUGACAAUGCAGCCCUCCCAUAGAAACCUAUGAAGACCAGAAUUGGCAGAGAGAUCUCCAGUUCAGUAUUGAGGAUGUCACUGGGAUUCAAUAAGAGCCCUAAGAUGUGCUUGCAUGUUUCUGAUGUAAACAAAACAAACAAACAAAAACAAAUGUAUGAUUUCUAGAAUGUAUACAAUAACAUAAACAAAAGGCUGUGGUAAUUUCUUCGUGCAGUGUCCCUUAGAAGUUCUUAUUUACAACACUACUGCUCCAUUAAUGUUCAUUACCUUUGUAGUUGAGGGAUGCCUAGGGAAAUAUACAGAGCGGUUUCAUAUGUAGGUGUGAAUUUAGGAUCUUUUAUGCUACAACUAAUUACUCUACUCUAAUUCUCUUACAGGGGAGACAGCCGACACACUGCUUGCCUUAAGGUACUGCAAAGAGAGGGGUGCUCUGACCGUAGGAAUUACAAAUACCGUGGGAAGCUCCAUCUCUCGGGAGACAGACUGCGGGGUCCAUAUCAAUGCAGGGCCUGAGAUUGGUGUGGCGAGCACCAAAGUGAGUCUUUUUUUUUUAUCUCUUUGUGUGUUUAGUGUUCUCUUUUUUCUGAUUUAAUGCAUUUUGUUCUGUAUUAACAUUAAUGAUGCUGAUCACGGUUUUCUCUUCCAUCUGUCUAGGCAUACACAAGCCAGUUUGUAGCUCUGGUGAUGUUUGCAUUACUGGUGUGUGAUGACCGCAUAUCCAUGCAGGGCCGACGCAAACAAAUUAUGCAGGGUCUGAAGGUCUUACCCGGUAAGAGACUUAUUUUGGCAAUGUAGGAUAUGCUCUGCACCCCUGUGCAUGUGUGAGACAGACCAUUUCUCAAUGCAACUAUUCUCUUUAACCUUAGAACGAAUAAUCUUAUCAUAAUAAUUGAAUAAUAUAAUAAACAAUGGUUUAAUGGGAAUCCAUGUGUAUUGGUCCCACCCAAUCUUGCACUCCUUUAACCAGUGGCUCCUCUUCGUUUGGUUAAUGGUAACAUUAUGCUUCUCUUCUGCUGCAGACAACAUUAAGGAGGUGCUGAGUCUGGACGAUGAGAUUCAGAAGCUGGCAGAAGAACUCUAUCAGCAGAAAUCGGUGCUGAUUAUGGGUCGUGGAUAUCACUAUGCAACCUGCCUGGAAGGAGCUUUGGUAAGAAAAGAGGAGGGUUUUUGCUUGUAUUUCUUUUUAUUUUAUUUUUUAUUUCCACUGCCACCUCUACAAUUGCUGUUACAGGACUAUGUUUCCACUAAUAAGAGAAGUCUUAUUACACUAUGUUCUAAUUGACCCUUUCUUAUUUUGGUGUUUGGUGCAUCCCAGUGUCUUUUAGUUUAUUUCUUUAAUCAAAUUAUUUAACACCUUAAAGGAACACUAUAUCAUUAGGAAUACAAACCUGUAGUCAUUGAGAUAAUGGCAUAAAAUAUAAUCGGUUAUAAAGGGUUAAAUGUAUUGUUUUUUUGCUUGAGCCAUUAUCAGUGGCCUGUAACACUCAACAUUUUCCUUAGAUGCAUCACAACUGCUUUAAAUGCGGUGCACAUUAAUCUGUGCAUAUUUUGUAAUACUAUUAAACCAUAAAGACAAAACAUAAACCGGGUUAUUUAGUAGAUUUCGAUAUUUUUUUUUUUUUUUUUCUUUUCAAAUUAAAUCAAGAUUGACAAACUGUAUUAAAAAUGGGCAAGUUUGUAAAUAUGGCUAGUUAGAGCUCAGGCCAGGUUUUUCUUUGCCUCUGCUUUUCCAUUUUAAUUUAAUUUGUGAAUAUUUUCCACUUAGUGAAUAACCCUGUUAGUUUAAACAAUGCAACCUGUCCCAGGCAAACCAAAUUAAUUCUUAGUGACCCAAUAUGGCCAUACCUUGCUUGGCCAACCCUUAAUAUUUUUGAUUCUGUUACCGGCAUGCAAGUUCCCUCUCCCAAAUUAUGUUAACAUCUCUUGAAUCAAUGUUUUUAAUGCUUCUCAGAAGAUGAAUUUCCUGACAUUUAUAUUGGCUCCAUGUGCUGCAAAGGGUGUUAAUUCAGGAGCUGAUUAGGUGCCAAAUAUACAAAAAAAUGGUUAUUGUUACUUUUACUAUAUUUAUUAAUCUGAGUAUGGCUGAAGUGACCAAAAAUUUUAUUCAAACAAUUACAGGCCCAUUUUUGGUCUUCAACAAUGUCUGAUUGUUCUUCUUUAUUAAGAUGAUAUAAUACACAACUGCCAAUAAAUGUAAAUUAUAGACGCAGACGUUGAAACGUUUAAAUCCAGGUCUUAUUUCUCAUUGACUUUUCACCGGGCACCCUGGUUGCUAACAGUAUUUUAUUUAUUUAUUAAUUUAUUUAUUUGUAACCUUUUUUUUUUUCUCCAGAAAAUCAAAGAGAUCACUUACAUGCAUUCAGAGGGCAUCUUGGCAGGGGAGUUGAAGCAUGGCCCACUGGCCCUGGUGGACAAACUUAUGCCAGUCAUUAUGAUCAUCAUGCGAGAUCAUGCCUACACCAAGUGCCAGAAUGCUUUGCAGCAAGUGGUAGCCCGACAGGUAAAAUCUAGAUUAAUGAUAGACUUUUGAUUUUGCAUCCUGUACUUACCACUCAUGCAUAAUUUCAGUAUGUUUUAUAUUGCUCUGGCUGUCCAUGCUACUGUUAAUGCUAAGAAAAUCUGUUCAUGAAUUUUCCACUCUCCUUAUCUCCAGUACACAACUAGCAAUCUGUGUCUGUGCUGUUUGUCUACAACUCCUGAACACCCAGAUUAAAUGAUAAUAAGGUAGUCCAACAGCAGCGUGAAGGACAUGCUGACAUAUUUCUCCGCAUUAUGUGUGUCUUGUUCUUGCGUCUCUUGUGUCUGGCCUGUUUGUAUUGUGUCUUGCUUACAUUUCUCUGUGAAAAUCAUGCUCUUUGCUUUUUCUCCAGGGUCGCCCUGUGGUGAUCUGUGACAAAGAAGACACAGAAACUAUCAACACCAUUAAACGCACUAUUAAGGUGCCACACACAGUGGACUGUCUACAGGGAAUCCUGAGUGUUAUUCCUCUCCAGCUCCUGGCCUUCCAUCUUGCUGUACUGAGGGGAUAUGAUGUAAGUUUCCCCACGUUUGCCUUCCUUUGAUAAGUUGCAGUCUAUAUUUCCCUAUUCACAUGUUGCCACCAUGUUAGAAGUAGCAAUGCUGCAUACAUUUUAACAACCAGCUAAUUAUUAAAAUUCACAUUUUUAUUUGCAGUACAAAUUAAUAUAACGUUUUUUUACUUUUCUUGAACAUGUAAGUAAAGUUUUGCACAAAUAACCUUGAUUAGGGCAAAAUAUAGGCCUAAUAUCAGUAGUUGUUUUUUUUUUUGCUCAGAUCUUAUGACUUCACUUUAGUUGUUAGCUUGCUGUGAAGACCCUUGCAUUUCCCUCCUUUACAUGCCUUUUUUUUUUCUUUCUGUUUUAUUCCCCUUUUCACUACUACUAAAGCAAAACGUUAAACUAUUUUUAUGUUGUGUCCUCUCUUCAUCAGGUGGAUUGUCCAAGAAACCUGGCCAAAUCCGUGACCGUGGAAUAAGCUGGAGCUCACAGUCCAGAGAAGACACUAUUUCUACCUGAACAGUUUUUUUUUUUUUUAUCCCCAUUUUUUUACUUUUGUAUUUAUGUUUCCAUCCCAUGUGUGGCAUCUGAGAUUUCUGGCAGAUACUUUUGCUGCAUCUUGCACGUGUUAAAAAUAAUUCCAUAUGAAUAGUGUAACUAGCUUACAUGGAAUUGCUGGAAACAAAAUGACCAUGUUUGUAUUUCGUGCCAUGACUGACACUUUGCAUCUUUUCCUAUUAUGUUAUCUCUGCUGUCGGACUAUACGAUGUCUGCAUUAACUGAGCAAUACUGUACGUUCUGGUACCCAUAGACCGCUGCUAUAUGCGUGUUUGUGCAGGCUUUGAGUGUCAUUGCAUACAGAAGGCACUUUAGGAGUAUAUUUUAGUGUGGAUAUAUAUUUUUUUUUUUUAAAUUUUAUUAUGAUAACCCAGUUUUUUUAGUUUGGAAGAGAUUAAAAUAAUUGGAGAAGAUGUUAAGAAGGCCCUGGUACUGGCAUCUUUGUGUAUAUGAAUAUGAUGACACAACCAUCAGACAGUUCUAUUCUUAUGCCAUAAUCACUUGAUCAUGUGGGACAUCUUUUCUGGUGGUGGUUCCACUGGGUGGCUGUUAGCAUUUGAUUUGGAGCAGUCACUGCUUUUUGUUAAUUUUUUUCAUUAAGUGUAUGUAGCAUGCUGUCAUUUGGAAUAUAAGAACUGGACCAUGGUACUUUGUUUAACUGGCAAUUCUUCUGGCGCAUUCAGUCCAGUUUUCUUCUUGAAUGCCUAAACUAUACAUUCCAGAAUAAGCAUUUAGACCUUUGUCUAGAUCCGUUUAAUUUUUUUUUUUUUAUUAUGAUUAUUAUUUUAAUGCAUCACUUCUUGCACUAAAUGUUUAGAGUGCCUUUGCACUCCUUCCCAUACUUUGUUAAAAAUAAUACAAAUAGUCGGUAGUGAUGCAGAACCCUCUUUGAUAGGCUAUAAAACCCUAUAUUUUCGUUUGAUUUUGUUUUUGUUAAUAAUAAUCAACUUUGCUGCAAAAUUAAGUUUUAUUAUUAUUUUUUUUUUUUUUUUACUUUUUGAACCUUUAAAAGUCCUAAACUCAAUAUUGCAUUGCUAACACAAACCGGCGUAUAUUUUAGGCUGCUAGAAAAGCAGAACACAUCACAAUAUUACAGAAUCGGCAGCAUCUAUGUCAUCUGGAAUAGGGAUAGCUGAACAUGUCUAAAGAUUUCGCCAAGUUCUGGCACAGAACUCACAACCAACUUGUCACUAAAAUGGAAAUUGUUGGAAAGUCAUAGUGAAUUUCAAAUGUAACCCAUGUUUUCAUUUUGGACAAAAAUGUGAAAUUCAGUGUAAAAUCAUUUUGGAUUUCAACGUUUAACAUUUGAUUGGCAUUUGUGUGCUAGCGCUUGGUGAUGUGUUGGCCUUCUUGUCCUGAAAUAUUUUGUCUGCAUUGUACUGUGAGAACUGCCUUUUGCCCUUAGUUUACAUUGCAUUUGAGAUUUGUGUGUUUGAGUCGACCCAGUUGUAGGCUGACAUCUGGAAUGCAGUGACUGUGAAAAAUGUCCCCUCCUCCCCCCACCUCUUUCCAUCCAGCUGGUUAGCAUCUAAUGUGUUACAGCAGCCUGUACAGGAUUAAUAGAAAGUCUUGGGUUAACAGCUGCUGGAUUAGGGAAAAGCUGCCCCUUCUAGGUUUCAGUGGGUGCCAGCAGUAGGACAAUGACUCCAAAGUUAAAUAUCGUUUUUCCUAAAUCUUUGGGGUCAGAAUAACCUUUUUUUUCUGUUAAUGAUUUGCUUUCAGAGGGGUCUUCGGCUUGUAUUGCAAUAAUCAGGAAGGCCCUCCUGACAAAAAAAAAAAAAAAAAAGACUUAGUGGUUAUAUUUGGCUGAGCGUAACAUACUCUAGGACAGACAGACUCCUUAAGCACAUGAAUGAAGGCGAGACCUAACCAUGCACUAUCGGUAACGACGAAGAAAAACAAUGUGACCUGUCUAUUUUUGUUUUUGACAUUUUUUUUUGUUUUAAUCAGUACUAUUUACCUCCUUCUUUGUUUUGUUUUACAUUAUCAGUAUAUAUAUUAUUUUUUUUUUUUUUUUGAUUCAUUUUAAAAUAUUGCGUAAAAUAAUGUUUAAAUGUGUGACUGUGUUUUUAUGUUAUGUUUUUAACUGGAAAGUAACAAAAAAAAGUAUAAAUAAAAAAACAACAAAAAUCUGAGUUUCCAUGAGAUGGAGAAUGUUUGUGUUCUUCUUAACCCCUUGAGUGAAUUGAGGUCAGGCAAGCAUUUAUGGCAAAGUCUUUGACUCUCAAGAGGUUAACACAGGAGCCGCUACAGGGGACCAAAGAUAUUCGAAUUAUAAGUAAAUAACCUCUCCCCUGGAUUCUGUGAAACAAUAAACUUUGAACAUGUACAGCCCUUUAUAUGGUAUUUCUUUUAUUUUGUUUGGUUGCAUAUGAUG